ACCUCAACGAUGCUCUAUCCAUGGCUUCUCCUUCCUGUCCGACCAGGUCCUGCACCCCACUUGCCGAUCCUCUAGGAGUAUAGGUGGGGUACGUUGAUCCGGCUUGUCAUGGAGUCGUGGCCGUGCGAUGGUGGUGCCCGGCGAUAGUCGUGACAUUUUCUAGAUAUCAUGUAUCUCAUCUCUUUGCCUUGCCGGCUGGAGUUCGAGGUAGGAGAGUUUUCUGCUGAGUUGGGUUCCUCUUUGCUUUUCCCACAGCUUGUGUGGUGCCUCUUUCUUUUCUCAUGUAUGUCAUCUUUUUUUCUCUUUUACUAUCAAUGAAAUGAUAUGCAAGCUUUGCGUAUUCGCAAAAAAUAAGUAUUACAUAUCUAGACCCUAUGUUAUUGAUCUUAUGCAGAGAUUCGUGUGGGUAUUUAUUUAUUUUUAUUAUUAUUUUCUUUUUUGUUUAUGAUUGAUUGAGUUUCUUAGACAUGCAAUAAUUAUGACACACAUCUAGACAAACCCCAUUCGAAGGCGAUGUCAACCAGAUCGCAACAGAAGAUUUACAUGAAGGCGAUGUCAACAUGAUCGCAACAGAAGAUUUAAACAGCCUGGAGCUAGCCCUGAAGGUGGAGGACUACUCCGUCUCCUCUCACGUUCGAUCGUUAUUAAGUAAGUACAAGUAGCGGGAAGAAGCAGCAGGCCAGCAGCGGCGAGCACGCGACGACUCUCGCUGACGCAGAAGGCCGUGCUGCGGGAACGACGGUGGAAGCAUGGAGACGACGACGACUCCUCUCCUGACGCAAUACAAGAUGGGCAGCUUCAACCUUGCGCACAGGGUUGUCCUUGCUCCACUGUCGCGGUGUAGGUCGUACGGGAACCUCGCCCAGCCGCACAACGCGGUGUACUACGCGCAGAGGGCUGCGCCGGGCGCCCUCCUCGUCGCCGAGGCCUGCGCCGUGUCCGAGGCCGCGCGGGGCUACCCGCACGUCCCCGGCCUGUGGAGCCCGGAGCAGGUGGAGGCGUGGAAGCCGGUGGUCGACGCCGUACACGCCAAGGGCGCCGUCUUCUUCUGCCAGAUAUGGCACACGGGCCGCGUCUCGCCCACCGAGUUCCAGCCUAAUGGGCAAGCUCCGGUGUCGAGCACGGAUAAGCAGGUGACGCCUGAGGUCUUCCAUGACGGUAGUGUCCUGGAGUUCGCGGCCCCUCGAAGGCUGGAGACGGAGGAGAUACCCCACAUCGUCAACGACUUCCGGAUCGCCGCUAGGAACGCCAUGAGAGCUGGGUUCGACGGCGUGGAGAUCCACGCGGGCAACGGUUACCUGAUCGACCAGUUCAUGAAGGACGGCGUCAACGACCGGACUGACGCCUACGGCGGCGGCCUGGACAACCGCUGCCGCUUCGCCGCGGAGGUGAUCGCGGCCGUGUGCCACGAGGCCGGCGCGGGCCGCGUCGGCGUGCGCCUCUCCCCGUUCGCCGACUACGUCGACUGCGUGGACUCCGAUCCGGAGGCGCUCGGGCUGCACGUGAUCGGCGUCAUGAACGGGCUCGGCGUCCUCUACUGCCACAUGAUCGAGCCGCGGAUGUGCGUCAACGAGCGGAUGAUCCCGCGCCGCCUGCUGCCGUUCAGGAGGGCGUUCAGGGGGACCUUCAUGGUGAACGGCGGGUACGACCGGGAGGAAGGGGACAAGGCCGUCGUCGAAGGCUACGCUGAUCUUGUGGCGUACGGGCGGCUCUUCCUGGCCAGCCCCGACCUGCCGGAGAGGUUCGGGAGGAACGCAGUUCUGAAUAAGUAUGACAGGAGCACGUUCUACACCUCUGAUCCUGUUGUUGGCUACACCGACUACCCUUUUCUUGAUCCGGAGGAUUAGCUAACGUAGCUAACUGGUUGGUUCACUGUUGUCGUGCUUUUUUUUUGUUGAACUUAUUACUGUUGUCGUGCUUGGGACUUGGGAGUUCUACCAUCAUCGUUGAUUAAGAAGUAACUCAAAGCUCACGCUGGACCUUGCA